GUCUGUCUGUGUGUUUGAGUUUAGCAGAUUUGGUAAAGUUGACUGCAGGAACAGAGGGGACAGAAAAUCCAAUACCAAAAGAGUUUAGAAAAUAGAACACAGCAACCUGAAUCUACCAGGAGAAGAGGACUGAUCCUUGUGUGUUAUUGUAAGGGGCUAUGGCUGGAGUUUGGCGUUGCAUGUUGGCUGUGGUGGUGUUGAUGUGUGUGUGUCUGUGGGACUCCACUGAGGCUGUGGGGGGAGCUAAGAGUCGCCCAAGACCCCAAAGACCACCUCGCAAGAAGAAACCGGUUGACCCUCUUGACUCGACCCCAGCUGCACAGAACGUAGACAUAGAACAGAUGACAGGAACAUGGUACCUGCUGAACACUGCCUCCAAAUGCACAUUUCUAAUGAAACAUGGGACCAGUGUGGAGCCCACAGUCAUGACCCUAACACGUGCUAACCAAACACUCUCUGUCAGCACUAAGACACGACGUGAUCACAUGUGUUGGGAGAUAUUACAGGUCUACCAUUUAACACCGACCAACGGCAAGCUAACACUUAAAGGAUCUAGUCCUGCGCUAAACACUGAGAUAGUGAUCGGAGAGACGGACCACACUUCCUUUGCGAUCAUGUACUACCAGAAACAGGGCAAGAUCACCAUGAAACUCUAUGGCAGGUCUGUAGACAAUCUCUCAGAGCCAAUGCUGACCAAAUUUGAGCAGCUUGCUGAAAAACAGGGUUAUGGACUGGCGUACCUCUUCCCCUUCCCCAACUACAGUCACUGUGGUACUGUGGACAAGGACCAUGUAAUCAACUGUGUCCCCACAUGCUGAGGAGGCAGAGAUGUGCAACAGACAGAUCCAGCCAUGCAGUGUUCAACAGUUACAAAUGUGAAUAUCAGCAAGAAAGUUGUUGACAGGCUCCAUCAAGGUCUUUUAAUUGUAAAACUCUUAGCUUUCAGUGAUACCAGUUUCAGAUUAAUAAAAGUAAAUGGAGCACAA